GGAUACUUAACAUUGCGCGCCAGUUGAAAAAGGCCAUGGAGACGUGUAAUUCUGGUUGCGGAGAUGAAAAUCAUGUUACAGAGAAUGUGAGAACUGAAAAUCCAUCAGUGGAUUUAUCUUUCUUCCCUGAGCAUACAUUUGGUGAAAAUGGCUAUUUAAACUUGCUGCGAUAUAUACUUGCCAAAGGUGUAGAGCGGACUGAUCGUACAAAAACGGGAACAUUUGCGGUGUUUGGUCCACAGCUUCGUUUUUCUCUUAGAAACAAUGAGUUUCCUCUCUUGACUACAAAAACAGUAUUUUUUCGUGGAAUUGUAGAAGAGCUCCUGUGGUUUAUUCGUGGAUCUACUAAUUCUCGUGAACUUGCGGAGAAGAAAGUACAUUUUUGGGACGCAAAUGGGUCCCGCGAGUUUUUGGAUAAUUUAGGUUUCACAGAACGUGAAGAAGGCGAUCUAGGUCCAGUGUAUGGUUUCCAAUGGCGUCAUAGUGGUGCGGAUUACAUAGACUGUAAAACUGACUAUACUGGUCAAGGUGUGGAUCAGUUAGCCGAUGUGAUAAAGCUGAUAAAAGAACGUCCAUGGGAUAGAAGAAUUAUGAUUGUAGCUUGGAAUGUAAGGGACUUGCCUAAAAUGGCGCUUCCUCCAUGUCAUUGUCUUGUUCAAUUUUUUGUUGCAAACGAUGAACUGAGUUGUCAGUUGUAUCAGCGUUCAGGAGAUAUGGGUCUUGGAGUACCAUUCAAUAUUGCCAGUUACGCUUUAUUAACUUGUAUGAUUGCCCAUAUUACUGGAUUAAAACCAGGUGAAUUUGUGCAUACAUUGGGUGAUGCACACAUUUAUUCAAAUCAUCGUGAAGCAUUACUUGAACAGGUUAAACGUGUACCACGACCUUUUCCAAAAUUAGAAAUAAUACGUGAAGUGAAAGAUAUCGAAGAUUUUAAAUAUGAAGAUUUCAAACUUAUUGAUUAUAAACCUUAUCCAAAAUUACCUAUGAAAAUGGCAGUUUAAAGGGAAUGAAUAAUCAGUCUACACUGUUGGUAUACUACUGUCAUAGUUUGGAUAUGAGGCUUUUUCCCCCUCUGAUUAUGUAUAAGUGCUAAAUAUCUAUUUGAUUAUUAUUUUUUUAAACA